UCAGACUGCUACAAGCCGACACAAGGCGUUCAGUUGAUUGUAGUCUGCUUGUUUUUAGUUUACAAUUCUAUAAAAUUACGCAGCUUAACUGACUCAAGAAAAGUGUUGGAAUUUUGAAAUUAUUAAAAUUUAUCUUUGAUUAGUUAUAAUUAUUAAUACUAUUGAUCAACGAAAAUGAGUGGCUUACAAACGGCGUCAUUUUAUAAUGGAAAUAAAGUACCAGUGUUAGCUAUUGGAACCAUGAGUUCCAUGUCACCGGAGGCUAUUAAAGAUGCUAUCAAACUGGGAUAUCGACACUUCGAUAUAUCUCCAGUACACAGCAAUGAAGAAGAAAUUGGCGCUGUACUAUCGGAACUUUUCACUAAUAAAGUGAUUCGGCGUGAAAAUAUUUUUAUAACAGCGAAAUUAUGGAAUACUUGUCAUCGACCAGACCAAGUGGAACCUUCGUUGAAAAAGACCUUGUCUCUUUUAAAUUUGAAAUACGUUAAUUUAUAUCUUAUGAACUGGCCAAUGGGAUUUGAAGAAUCAGACGAUCCUUUUCCGACGGAUGACGCUGGUCAGCUGCGAUUCAGCGAUGUGGAUUAUGUUGAUACUUGGAAGGCAAUGGAGCAAUUGGUCGAAAAAAACCUGGUAAAAAAUAUCGGCGUGGCCAACUUCAAUUCAAAACAAUUGACACGAAUCAUUGAAAAUUGCAGAAUAAAACCGGUAGUGAACCAAAUUGAAUGCCAUCCAUUUUUGCCACAAUUAAAGUUAACGGAAUUCUGUAAAAGUCACGGCAUACUCGUAUCGGCCAGAAAUCCAUUCGGUGCUCCUGAUCGACCAUGGUCAGAUCCAAUGAGUCAAGGUCAUUUGCAGAAUCCGCAAUUGAUAAAAAUUUUCCAGCAUUACCAAAAGAAACCGAGUCAAGUAUUUUUGCAUUAUCAGGUGCAAAAGGGGCAUUUGGUGGUUCCAGAAGGGUCAAUAAAAUCUAAGUUGGAAGAUCACUUAAGGAUCUUUGAUUUUAAGAUAACUAAAGAAGACAUGGGGCUUCUUGACAAAUUAAAUAGAAAUAGAAGAGUCGAUGCAAUGCUAAGUUGUGAGGACCACCCGUACUAUCCUUUUCACGAGGAAUAAUCAUGUGAUAUUAAAAGUUCAAUAGGAUUGAAUUACCACUCAUGUACUGAUUUUCGUGUCUACUUGGUAGACAAAAAUAGUGCAUCAAUUGUACAUAGUUUUAAAGAAUCAUUAUCAUUAAGAAACUAAUCAUUGAAGAAUAUUUUCUGACAUACAGCACAAAUAAAAAAAUAAUUA